UGCAGAUGGCAAAUAUGUCAUGACUUUAAAAUAUCCUCAUUAUGUCCCAUGCAUGAGAAAAGCAUCCAAUCCAGAAACCAGGAGAAAAAUGGAGUAUGCAUUCAAUCGGAGGUGCUUUGAAGAAAACACUAAGAUCCUUGAAGAAUUAGUGGACUUGAGGCAGAAGAUGGCGCAUCUUCUUGGUUACUCAACUCAUGCAAAUUACAUUCUUGAGAUGCGGAUGGCAAAGAAUGCCAAAGCAGUUGCUGACUUUCUAUCGGCAUUGUCCACAAAACUGGAACCAUUGCUGCAAGAUGAGUUGAAAGUCCUUCUUCAGCUCAAGCAAGAAGAGUGUAAAAGUCUUGGAUAUGACUUUGAUGGUAAGAUCAAUGCCUGGGAUAUGAGGUACUACAUGUCUAUGGUAGAAGAAAAGAAUUACUCUGUAGACCAUGAGAAACUUAAAGAGUACUUCCCCCUGGAUGUUGUUACUAAAGGUCUCCUGGACAUUUACCAGGAGCUUCUUGGUUUAGUGUUUGAGGAAAUUCAGAAUCCUCAUGUUUGGCAUAAAGAUGUCCAGUUAUUCAGUGUAAAAGACAAAGCUUCAUCGGCUAUCAUAGGAUACUUUUACCUGGAUCUGUUUCCAAGAGAAGGAAAGUUUUCCCAUGCUGCAUGCUUUGGCCUCAAGCCUGGAUGUCUGCGCAGUGACGGUAAGAGACAGGUUAAUAUUUCAGCCAUGGAAGCAAACUUUACACAACCAACAGAAGACAAACCAUCAUUACUAACCCACAAUGAGGUAAGCAGCACUAGAACAGAAUGGAGACCUGCUGAUAUCACUAAGAAGGGGUGCACACACUUAGUCCAGUCAUCCUGUGAUUUAAGGUCAAACAAAUUGUAAAAGAAUU